GGGCUGGGAUGGCGGGCGCCCCCGUUCCUGAAGCGAGGCCCUACUGAAAAGGGCCUAGGCGCUACCAGUCACAGAAAGACAGCCUACCUGACAUGGAAGAAAUGCGAUCAGGCUUCUGCCAGCUGUGAGCUGACUUCUGCCUUCCACAUAGUACCACCGGCUACCUUUGGCCCAUUGACACGCGUGCAAACGUUCCGUGGGCAGAAAGUGAAUCUGGGGGGGGUGGUUUACUAUGGGGUGGUCCGUGCGUCAUGCCGUUUUCCCAUACAAAGUGGGCCACCCAGGUUCGCCCCCUACCCGGG